UGCAGCUCACGCUGCCUGUGUUUUCCUGUCCUCUCUCCAGGUCCACCUCCAUCCCACAGCCAUGUCCUGCUACGAUCUGUGCCGUCCCUGUGGCCCGACCCCCCUGGCCAACAGCUGCAACGAGCCCUGUGUGCGCCAGUGCCAGGACUCCCGCGUGGUGAUCCAGCCCUCUCCCGUGGUGGUGACCCUGCCAGGACCCAUCCUCAGCUCCUUCCCCCAGAACACUGCUGUGGGAUCUUCAGCAUCCGCUGCUGUUGGCAGCAUCCUGAGUGAGGAGGGAGUCCCCAUCUCCUCUGGUGGCUUUGGCCUCUCUGGCCUGGGCAGCCGCUUCUCUAGCAGAAGAUGCCUGCCCUAUUAAAGGCAACACCGCUUGCUGGUGAGCUUAUCCCUAAGGAAGCCCAAAGUCAGGCUCCAGAUUGAAGAUGGAGCUGCUGGCCAAUGUUUCCUGCUGGGCUGAGCACCCUUAUGCCCUCCUGCAAAGCAGAGAUGGAAGAUGCCGUCCUGUUCUGAUUGGAAUAAUGAUGGAUAUCUCAUUUUCAAAAUUUUUUCUUGUGAUUAAUUUUUUUGUGCAUUUUAAUUUUGGUUUCUGAUUGGUUUUAUUUAAUGCUCUGCUUAUAAAUGAUCAGUUUAGGGUUCUUGGUUCAUGUGUUAGGAAAUCAAUCUCGCUUUCUGUUCUUGAAUGGCUUAUAUGGUUUCCUUCCUUCAUGUAAACAUAUAUUUUGCUUUAUUAUUGUAGAGCACUUCGUAACUUUUUCAUUAAACUGAUGUUGCAUCUU